AUGCCAAUUUGUAACCCCUUCGCUCGGCGUGUCGGCCCCGCUCUUGCCGCCGGACAAGAUGAGACCUCCGGGCCCGGCUUGUCCCCGGCUCUCACGCCGACGACCCCUGACGCCGCGCACCCCGGCUUUGAGAGGGUAGAUACCGUGGGAUCCCGGGCAUCGUCGUCGGCAUUCAGUAUUCGCAGUGGCAGCAGGAGGAGCCAGGACACGGGGGAGUAUAAGAUGAGCGUCGUCAAUGACAGCGGAGUAUACCUGCCGCCCUCCCCAAUUGAACGAGAAGCCUCCUGGCCCCGGCGCUACCUAUCAAGCACCUCCACCGAGCGCAGCGCCAGCCUCACGCCGGGCCGCACCACCGGCGACAUUGAGCACUUUCCCAUUUCCCGCGAGUCGUUCGACUCAUACCGGCGGUCUUUUGACAUCAGCGCCAAGAGCCCCGUCGUCAUAACCGCCAGCACCUACGAUUCCCGCACCAACCCCACCCGCCAAUCCCUUGACUCCAGCCUACGAUCCUUCAACAACAGCACGCGGUACUACCCCCGCUCAUCCCUCAGCGACCAGCAGCGCCGAUGGGGCCCGCCGACCCCAGAAGAGAGCAUGAGCGACGACGGACGCUUCGAAGACGUUGGGUUGAACGAGCAGGAUGAGGAGGGUGGUGGUGAGGAAGGUGGGAGGGGGAAACAUGGUGCGUUGAAGAAGAGGGGGCUGGGGUUCUUUUCCAAGUUUGGUUCGGAUAAUAAUGAUGCUCAUGGUAGUGGGAGUGGGAGUGGGAAUGCUGCCGCCGCCUCGGGGCCGGUGGAGGAGAGUGGGACGGCUAUGUCGCGGUUCUUGCCUGGGUUGGGUGGGCGGAAGAAGGGGCCGAGUGCGCAGGGUGCUGAGUUGGGUGCGCUACCGGAUCGGUCGGAGAGGAUUCCUGAGAUUCAAGCGCAGGGGGUGGAGGUGUGA